AUGUCUGUCUCGAAUUUCCGCGACGACCGCCCGUGGGACUGGCCUGCUCGAUCGCCGCCCUCGCCGAGCGCCUCGUCCUCGUCCUCGGCCAGCCGCAGCAUGACCCCCACCAGCAACAACCCGUGGGCCAGCAGCGUCAGCGUCGUCUUGCCCGACAGUGUGAGCUCCGCGGGCUCACCGCCGCCGAGGAUCCUGCCGUGCCCGACGCCGCCGUCUCUGAGCUGCAGCGUCACGCCCACAGCCAGCCGCUGUGCCACUCCAGUUGCCCCCCAGCCGCUGAGUGGUGCGAAGCCUGCAUUCAUCACCAUGAGCUCGCCCGCGCCUCCCUCUCCCACGGACGACACGAAGAAGAAGUCUUUGGAUCUUGUACCCGCUCCCACCCCUACCCCCAACCCUUUCCGGGAAAGCAGCAUUGGUGUCAGUCUUGCUCCUCUCUUCAACGCCACCAUCACCCCGGCCUUGGAGAAGCAGUAUGUCCACCGGGAGUCGCCCACGCUCAUAAGCCGCCAGGGCUGGGAGCGAACCACCGGCCAGCGUGCCUACACGUGGGCUUUGGGCAAUUCCAAGACGGCUCUGUUGUUCUUGAUGUGCGAUGAUAUCGCUGCCUGGAGACGCGCUAGCUUCUACUGGCUAGAGGACACCAAGCUCCCCUUCCAGGAGGCCGAUUUGGAAGGAAUCGCUACUAAUCCGAAGAAGGUUGUUGAGAACCAGUGGCGCGUCUUGACUCGAGAGCUUCCGCAGAAUGGCCAGCAUACGGACUUCAACCCGCGUGACAUCGUUCCCCUGAAGCAAGUCGGCGUCUUCUCCCACUCCGGAACAGAGAAGAAGACGGUUGACAAGGUACGCUGGAUGGGCGAUGACAACGGCCGAGUCUUUGUUCGGAAAUGCUUCACAUUCGAGCGCCACGCCGAGAAGCUUGGUCUGCUCAGCCAGAUUCAGAAGCUCAAGACUCUGGAGCACCCGAACGUCGCCAAAAUUCUGUGCUCCUAUUCCCAGAGCGCUACCAUCGGCAUCGUGACCAUGCAAGCACAAAUCACGUUGGAAGAGUACUUGCGCCAUCCAAUGGCGGCAACCCGGCCUGGUCUUCUGUUGACGUGGAUCAAUGAUCUCACGCAGGCCCUCGCUUACAUCCACAGCAUGGACAUGAUGCACCAAGCGAUUCGACCCAACAAGAUUCUUUUGGACGGAGCCAAGAUCGUUUUCUCUACGUUCGGCAUUUCGACCGACGGGGUGAGCAUCUCGCCCCGUGGGUCGCCGCGUAGCUACUCUGGUGCGGGCCCAUCCCUACCAACUAACAAUAGCAUGAGACCGCUGAGCGAAGCGGCAUACAUUUAUGCUGCUCCAGAGGUCGCGGCGCGUCAUGGCCAAGGCCAUCGCUACCGCACCUCUGCCGACAUUUUUAGUCUGGGCUGUGUCUUUUUGGAGAUGUUGACUGUUGCGAAGGGCCAGACGGUGUCCAACCUCCGUGGCUAUCGUUCCCAGUUUAGCCGCGACCAAUCAUUCCAUGCGAACCUAGAUCGCGUCACGUCCUGGCGCAAACUGCUUUGCGGGCUCAGUAGUGGGCACCGUGAUAGCCGGAUCAACUCCGGCGUCACCAACGGCAACCAUCCCCUCAAGGGCUCCGGCGCUAUCGGCACGGUAGAGAGCCGCAAAGAGGACGAAGCGGCCGAGUAUCAAGCGCUGGAGUGUGUUGGCGCCAUGAUGAAUGCUGAGAGCGCCAGGCGACCCAAGAUGCGACGGCUAGCCCCCGCUAUGCAGCGAUUGGAUGAGACGCGAACAAUGCGAAGGAGGCGCAGCUUUGAUGCUGGCGACGCCGCCCACGUGCCUUCCACUGCCCCUGCUCCCAUUGCGGCUUCCAUUGCGCCGGCCGGAGGCGCGGGUUUGGACAGCAUUCGAAGGCGCUGGGGCUCGACUGCGGAGAAGGGGAUUGUCACUGAGGGAAGUCUGAUCAGCUUCUGA